GAAGCCCUGUUCAUAUAUGACAGCUGACUUCGAUGACUGCUAUAGGAGUAAUUUGCAAGCAAUAAUUGUAAAUUGGAAAAAUGGAGUACCAGGCUUACCUUCUGCUGGUAAAUUUGAGCCCGUCGAAAUCAAGAGACUAAAAAUCGAACAAAAUCAAUUAAAAGUUGAAAUGAAAAAUGUAUCCAUACACGGUUUAGGCGACACUAAAUUAACAAAAUUAACACACAAUAACAAUGAUCUCAGCUUUGUUGUGAAAGCUUCAGUGCCGAAAAUGCGAGGUACUGCAAAAUACAAAACUGAAGGUAGAAUUUUAUUUUUACCGCUCAACGGCAAUGGAGAUAUGUGGAUUGAAGCAGACAACGCGGAUUUUGUACUUAAUUUUAAAAUUAAAUUGCGCGAUCACGAUGGCUUCACGUUUGCUGAAAUACAAUCUAUAAAGACGAAAAUUAAGAAUAUUGGCGGUUUUCGCAUACAUUUCGAUAAUCUCUUCAAUGGCAACAAGGAAUUAGAAUCAAAUACUAAUACACUUUUUAAUGAGAAUUGGCGUGAUUUCAUAGAUAUACUGAAACCAACCCUUGAAGAUACUAUAGAUGCUGUUAUUUUAGCUCGUUUUAAGAAAAUUUUUGAUUAUGCACCCGCAAAUUAUUCCAUAAUCGAUGUACCUUCCGAAAAAGAAUUGGCUGAAAGAAAUACUGUUGCAUAG